AUGGAGCGAUGGGCAGCGUUCCACACGGCACAUUUCCAGGAUGCGGCACGACGCCAGUGGUUUGCCGAGCAGCUCAGCGCGCAGCACUGCACGCGGGACGAGCUUGAAGAUGCAUACACGACGCCAGCGGCGGGUGAGGACGAACGCGCGUGGCAAACGCGCUACGGACUUGCCCACCUCACGCCAAGCGCUGCGCGGAUAUUUGACCAUAGCCGCCGCUUCCGCGAGCGCCGUGCAUCGAUGCAUGCGGGCGAGACUGACGAGCUUGGCUCGCUGCGCGCGCGUGCGCUGGACGCGAUGCAGAAACGACGCACACAGCAGUGA